AAACAGCAUCUUGGAAACGGCGAUUGAGUUCGAUGGAUCGAUAUACAUAUUCCAGUAUUUUCUCAUUACACCUUAUAAAUAUCUGCUUAUGGAUAAGCCAGUCCAUUCGAAUUUGAACCAUUAAGCAAAUCACGUGAAUCAAAACAGUUUGAAGUGGUGUAUCUAUUCUUACGUUGAAAAAUUUACAACUGUUCUCCCAACUCGAGCAAGAUGAAUUUUGAAACAAUAUCUUUGGUUAACUGACGGAAGCUGAAAUUGUAAGUGAUGGGUAAGAAGACAACCGAGAGACAGCCGGUUGAGCGGGCGCAUCCAAGCAUAGAACCCAUUGUUAGGGAUGGUAAAAUCCGCGAGCAGAUCGAUCUGGAGAACAAAGUUCGUCGAGAGUACCAGAAAAAAUGGGGUUUCAUCAAUCAGCCUGAGAUGACGGACUAUUUGAACCUGAAGAAAAAUAACCAGCGCUUGAAGGAGAAGCAUCUGCAACAGAACAAGAAGGUAAAUCUACACGAAUACGACGGCCAUGGUGAGUCGUACUUUGUGUCCAAGCAGAUGUUCAAGAGCUUGCUGGACACGUGUCGUUGUGGACGGAAAAAGGUGGCCACCAUGCAUGCUCUGAAGUGUCUGCAGAAACCGAAGAGCACCUACGAGAAGACGGACGACGAAGAGGAAGCCGAGGAGGAUGAUCAGAAGGCAAAGGCAAAAGACACACAGGACGCCAAUGGUUCGAAUUACAUUCCAAAGGUGCCGGUGCUAAGUUCAGGAAUGUACGGCUGGCCCCGUAACCGAUUCGUAGCGAUGGAGAGGACGACCUACUACAUCUCACCACGAUACACCAUGCCAGGGAACGCCAUAGUGGACUGCCAGCCAUACAACAACAUAAUAUUGGGAUAAGCUCCUCGUUUUCAAUGAAUUCCAAGCUUGGACAAACAAUCAUUUACCCAUAAUUUAAUAAUGAACAUUUUAUUUUCACACGUAUCAAUUGAAAUAAAUGCAU